CCGUCCCGCCUCUCUCUCGCCUGCACCCAUCUCCGUUGGCUGUUGCGCCAUGCCUGCCAGCCAUCCAUCCAUCCAUGAUACAGUACGGUACAGUACACACGCGCGCUCCUGCUGCUGCUGCUUCGCUCGGUGGGCCUUGUGAUUCGCCCACUCCGCCUGUUUCUCUUCAUCACCGCCGCCGUCAUGGAGUUUGGGUCUGAUCAGCUCCUGUCCGCCCGCGUUCCAGCCGUGCGCCUGCCGCCUAAACUUACACCACCCCUACCUCAUGCUUGCUGUCUGUGUAUGCUAUACACUCCCUCACUCACUUCUCAACUCGACCCAACCCACUCACCGUCGGCCCAUUGUUCCCUGGUCCAUGGCCCCGUAUACUAAAUCAUCUCCCCUUCUGCCUCCCUGCACUCCACCUAUGCCCUUCUUGGUACCCUUACCCUACCGCCCCGGCCCUGUCCUCACGUCCUCAAUCAUGGAUCUGUGACCUCCAUGCCGCGUGGUGCUUAGUGGCCCCGGUCCGUCCUACGUCUUCUUUUUUUUCCUUUCCAUCCUUCCCAAUCUGUUUAUAUCUCUUGGCACACGAUAUACCUACCUAGCACCGCACUUGCUCCCCACACCCGCCAUGUGUACACGCAUGCAUGCUCCAUCGUUAUAUGGAUAGCACUCCUCCCAGCUUCCUGCUCAUUCCAACCCCAACCAAUCCCUCACCAAACGCCUGCUCCCAUCCAUCAUCUUCAACAUGUCACACAACGUCUACGGGACUGCUGUCCCUACACAGUCCACCACUACGCCCACCUCGCAUUCACGUCGUGCUUCACGAACCUCCUUCACCCAACAAGCACAUUCCUACCGUGUCGAAAAGCCCAGGAGUAACCACAAUAGCCCCAUGGUCCUGGAACGGAGGAAAACCACUACCGGUGCCAAACUGUAUGCUUCUCUGGACGACCACUACAGAAUGCUCAUGGGCAUUACCGAUGAAUAUGACAUGACCGACGAUUACUUCCAGCCUGCUUCUACACGACCCGUGAGCUGGCAUCCAACCUCGUCUCAUCCCGGCUUCGUACCCCAGCAACAAGAAUACCCUCAACCACAAGAUUGGACUCGCCACUACUCUUCGUCUUCUGGCACAGAAUCUGCGUCCAGCUCGGAUUUCUAUUCCAUUUCCGCACGCAAUUCCGCCUUUCUCGUGCCGCCUCAGGAUCAACCAGUAUACAUGAACGCAUCUCAAACGUCUCUUGCCUUCCAGGACCCAAUCACUUCCUACGCCAUGUCCACCUCCGAGUCUCUGCCAUGGUAUCUCCAGGAGUGGGCUCGCAGAAACCAAGAUCAAAUCAGAACUACCGACGACGGAUCCACCAACUUCUUGCCCAUUCAACACCCACCGACAGAGCAAAACAUGGUCAACUCUUCCCAGGAGGAGACCAUCGAGGAGUCGGGCAAGGAGUUGAUUGGAAUGGGUCUCUAUGAUCUCCCCGACUCUGCUGCCGACUUGGGUUCCUUGGCCGAGGCUACUGGCAAAGGGCUCAAGCUUGAGGAGACAUGGCAACCGCCAGAAGAGGAUGAUGAAGAAGAAGACGACGAUGAAAACGUGGACAACCAAGAAGAAGACGACAGCUCGGACGAUUGCGAAGACGAAUUGCCUUCCCCUCCCACACAACAGCAACCCCAGCAACUCCAAGUUCCUUCUAUGAUGAAGCCACAAAUGCCCAACAGCAUGGCUGGGCACAGCUUCCUUUUCGACGAAGAAGACAUGGCCACCAAGGAGUGGUGGUAUCAUCAGUACAAACAGCCUACCAUGCCAGUGCAGGACACCGGUAUGGGAUACAACUGGGUGUGA